AUGAGCCAGCGGCAGGUGUUUAACGUGUUCGAGCAGUACCAGAAAGCCCGCGUCCAGUUCGUGCAGAUGGUAGCGGAGCUGGCGAACAAACCGCAGAACAUCAAGAUCCUGCAGAACGCGGGUGUCAUAUCUUUACUGCGGCCCCUUCUUCUGGAUGUAGUCCCUUCAGUCCAACAGACCGCGGCGCUGGCUCUUGGGAGACUGGCCAAUUACAAUGAAGACCUAGCAGAAGCCGUUGUGAAGGACAACAUCCUUCCACAGCUUGUUUAUUCGAUGACGGAGCAGAAUCGUUUCUACAAGAAAGCAGCCGCGUUCGUGUUCCGCGCAGUUAGCAAACACUCGCCCCAGCUCGCUCAAGCGGUCGUCGACUGCGGCGCGCUGGGCAUUCUGGUGAUAUGCCUGGAAGAUUUUGACCCUGGAGUCAAGGAGGCUGCAGCUUGGGCCCUUGGAUAUAUCUCAAGACAUAAUGCAGAACUGUCACAAGCUGUGGUGGAUGAGGGAGCUGUUCCUCUCUUAGUCCUCUGUAUCCAGGAGCCGGAGAUUGCUCUGAAAAGGGUUGCUGCCUCAGUCCUCAGCGACAUCGCCAAGCAUUGUCCGGAAUUAGCACACGCCGUGGUGGAUGCAGGAGCCAUCCCUCACCUCGCUCAGAUGAUCGUCAGUCCCAACGCGAAACUGAAGUGCCAGGUCCUUUCUGCGCUCAGCCAGAUCGCCAAACACUGUGUGGACCUCGCAGAGAUGGUCGUGGAAGCAGAGAUCUUCCCGGUCGUGCUCACCUGUCUGAAGGACAAGGAUGACGAUGUGAAGAGAAACGGGUCUAUCUUAGUGAGAGAAAUCGCAAAACACUCACCCGAGCUCUCUCAGCUGAUAGUUAACCGAGGAGGAGUGGCUGCUGUGAUUGAUUGCAUCAGCUCCUGCAAAGGGAGCAUACGGCUGCCCGGCAUCAUGAUGCUUGGCUACGUGGCGGCUCAUUCCGAGAACCUUGCGAUGGCUGUCAUCAUUUCCAAGGGUGUGCCCCAGUUGUCAAUCUGCUUGUCAGAAGAGCCAGAAGAUCACAUUAAGGCCGCGACUGCUUGGUCCUUAGGACAGAUUGGGAGACACACUUCAGAGCACGCCAAGGCCGUCGCGGUCACCAACACCCUGCCAGUCCUGCUGUCCUUGUACAUGGCCGCGGAGAGCUCCGAGGACCUCCAGGUUAAGUGUGAGAAAUCCAUGAAGAACAUCCUGCAGAAGUGCACCCACGUCCCAGCCCUGGAGCCCCUCCUGCAGGACGCACCCCCCAGCAUCCUGAAGCACGUGCUGGAACAGUUCAGCAAGGUGCUACCGCACGACAGCAAAGCUCGAAGAUUUUUUGUUACAAGUGGUGGCCUCAAAAAGAUUCAGCAAAUAAAAGCAGAACCUGGCUCUCUCCUUCAAGAAUAUAUCAAUAAAAUUAACAACUGCUACCCAGAAGAAAUAGUAAGGUAUUAUUCCCCUGGGUUUUCAGAUGCACUUCUGCAGAGGGUGGACAGCUAUCAACCGCCUACUAACUAA